AUGUCUACAUCCCAUGAACGUAUAAAGGCUUUGAAUGAACUGGCCCAGUACACUGGGGAUAGCAAUAGUGAUAGGCUUGAGCGACUGAAGAAAAUAGAACAGUUACGACUUCAAGGGUAUCAGAAACUUAGAACUCUGUCUAGUAACAAAUUUGGUACAACUUCAUCGCCAACACGACGGUCAUACUCAAGCUUUUCUCCAGAGACAUCUCCCAGUUUUUAUGGUAGUCUGGGCAGGAUUGAUCAUCUAGAAGGUGUAAAACCCAAAUCAUAUUCCACACAGUCAUUUCAAUAUCAGACAGAAUCUCAGUCACGGAAAACAAGGUCAUCGUCUCUGUCUGAUGAAGAAGGAGAUUACCGACCAAGACAUUUGUUAAGAUCGCGCAGUGCUACAACGGUGUCAGAUGCUGCAUUAUCAGCUUCCCAGCCCGAGGGUGACCAAAACAUGUCGUAUCCUGUCGAAUCAAACGAUUAUUGGAAGGAUGACAGCUGUAGUGAGGAGGACGAAAACAUUGAGGAUUUUAAGAGAAGCUUGUUUGGUGAUAUAAGUUCAUUUACAAACAAAACUUCUCCUCGAACAGAUGGGACAUUACAGGCUUUUUCUCUGUCUAGGGCAUGGUCAUCAGGUGGGGCAGAUUAUGAGGAUCCAACAGAAGAAAAGGGUAACCAGGAGGAGACCAUGAAAGAUGAUGGUGGAGACGUUGGUAUGUUCCCUUCAUAUGACAAAGAGUUUCAAGAGAUGAAUUAUGGUGAAACUUUUGAAAAUCCUCACAGUUAUGGUAGUACGAUUAGGAAAUCAUAUUCAAGAGAUAGGACCAGACAACCCUUGUUACGUUCCUUCUCCUCACAACAGGAGUCAAUACCAGGAUCAGGUCCAGCCUCAUUUAAUGAUCGGAACUUCUCUCGUCUGGACUCUACACAGGAACGGCUUUCUUCAUUUGGUUCAGAUAGAAUUUCAUUGGAUAAGGAGAGAGAUCAGAGAAUUGAUAGGUUAUUUUCUCCGUCUGUUAAUGAGAGUAGUACACUUUCAUCUGACAGACACCGUUUAUAUGGAAGAGACUCCUACAGACUGAGGGAAACAUAUUCAAGUCAGAGAGGAGAUUGGACAACUAGAAACUCCUCCUUAAGUGGUUCAUCAUUUCAGCCGAAAAAAGUUGGUUUAAGUGCAGAGACUGAAAAGAAACUUGAUGAAUUAUUCAGUACACCUUCAGUGUUAACAUCAAAUAGACCUUCAUUUGCAACUCGAAGACAGAAGUCAGACAGUAAAAGAAACAUAGUUAUUACAAGGAGAAGAAAUGACCAAGAUCAUACAGGCCGUGUUCCAGAUGUUUUAUCAACAAAGAUGCUAGAUAAUAAGUCAGAUCAGACUGAGAUUUCAAAGGUCCCUGGUACAAGGAAUAUUUAUAAUCCGUCCUCACUUGAUCAAAAACUGGAUAGUUUAUUUGGUACUCCUUAUAAUCCAUCAACACAGACAUUGGACAGAUCUCAGAAUUAUGACUCCAGUGAUAGUCAUUGGUCUGAAGAGACCAAUACUAGAAAUAAUUCUGGUCAAUCCACACUGGAUGAAAAACUAGACCGCUUGUUUGGGAGUUCUGAUGUGCUAUCGACUAGGGCGAUGAAUUAUGAAACUAUGCAAAACAGGAUUCCAACCCGACAGACGCUCAGUAAUAAAGAAAAACCUACCAUGUCAUCCAUGUUGUAUGGAACUGACAACAAUAGGACUGAACCAGGGGAGAUAACUCGGACCAAAAGACAGAUGAGGGAAGUCCAUAAAACUGUUCCUGAAAUCAGGGGACGUAGGCACCAGGACCAGCAACAGCAGUAUAGUCAUCAGGAUUAUACCAAUGGUGAGGGUUCUGUGAAUGGUUAUGAAAUGGAUCUAGAGUCAAGUCCUGACGAUCCAGUAGAUGGUACAGUGUCUGUAGGAAAUGGUAAUAUGGAUAUGAAUGAACAGGACAAUAGGGUCACAGAAGAAAAUAUUGAAUUUCUUGACCAAGUACUAACUGAGGCUGAUGGUGCAGCACACUCGGAGGAAAAUUUUGCUGAGGAGGAGGAUGUUGGUACAGAGGAGAAUGAUUUCCAUGGAGAUGUUGUAUGGUCAAAACAGAAAGAACAAUUAAAAAACAAUUCAUUGAAAGAAAGUGAGACCUCGGACAAACAAGCUGAUACUAAAAAAAGUAAGACAAAAUCCAAAGGUAAAAAAUCUAAAGGCAAACAAGGACAGAAGAAGGUGGAAACAGCAACUGAAAUAAAGAGAGAAUCUCCUAAACCUGUUUUGGAAACGGAUAUUGAUUGGCCACUGGAAGAUCAACAAAACGGAGAAAACGAAUAUAAUGGAUCCAACAGGUCAGCUGUUAAAUCUUCAGAAGACCUGGAAGUCAUGGAAGAUAUUUGCAUAGGUAAUAACACGGAGGAAGUGAGUAAUGUCCAAGCAGAGAACAAGGAGGAAGUGAGUAAUGUCCAAGCAGAGAACAAGGAGGAAGUGAGUAAUGUCCAAGCAGAGAAUGAGGAGGAAGAGAGUUACCUUGAGGCCGAGGAGGAUACAGAAGUAUACAUGCAGGUUGAGGAGGGGGAUCAGUAUCAAAAUCCUGCUCAAACUUUAAUACAAGAUACUUCUAUUGAUGAAGAAACACAUGUUGAAUCUGAGACAAAUGCAAAAAAAGGAUUAAACUCAGAAUCACAGGAAGUUGGAAAAAGUCCUGAAAACACCUCCUGGCUUUUUAGUAAAUUCAACUCACUCAUUCAUGGUUUUAGUGCAGACACUUGUGAAGAUAAAUCAAGAAGUGAUAUACCACAGAACCCAGAGAAUAUUGAAAAGUCUGCAGGAAGGGAUGGUGUAUCGAUGUCAAAUGGUGACCUGAAUGUUGUUACUUUUUCCGAUACUGGCACUGCCAGUGAAGAUGAUUAUGCUACAGCUUCUGAUGAUGACACAACAAAAGUAGAUAUACCAUAUAACAAGACACAAAACAAGCAAAGGGUUCUAGACUCAAAUAACAAAAACGAGAAAAACAAUACUGGAACUUCCGAUGACAGUGACACAAUGGAUAUUUUCAGCGAAUUAGCUGCGAGUACAGGUAUGCCAUUGGAUAACAGUGAAAAAAGUUCAGUCAAUACAGAGGCUGAGGCUCUGUACAAAAGAGAGGAGAAUUUGCUUAGGUGUGAAAAGGAGGGAACAUUGGUGCAAAUCGUGAAUAAUGGACAGGAAGUAGAUGUUGAACACCAUGAAGUAUGUGUUCAAAGGGAGGAAAGCGAAUUUCUGCAAGGUAAAAUAGAUAAAGUGAAGGAAACUGAUUUAAAGUAUGAGGAAAACAACAACAAGUCAGAUCAACAUUUUAUGAAGGAAACAAUUCCAACUUUAGAUAAGUUUGUCCAAAUGAAUGAUAAGCAGGCAGUUUGUACUACAGAAAUGUCUAUACAAACAGAGAUCGAGGCAUAUCUGACUACAGAGAAGGUCACUGCUAGUGUACAAACUGUGCCCCUGAAAGUGGAUAUGUGGACACAGACAGAUACAGAACUAGGUAAAGACUGCAGAGAGUUCGGGAUUCAGGCAGCGCCUACCACAGCUGAUUACAGCACCCAGUAUGAUGUUGAUGUGAAGGAAAAUGGUAUUCAAGUUGUAAAUAAACAUGAACAGUUUGAACAGGAUCAACUGAAAAAAGAAAAUGUGUCUGAUAUCGUGAAAUCUGAAAUUGGGAAGGAAGGAUACUUGUCAACAGAAGGUCUCUCAUCUGAACGAGAAAAAUCAAAUCAUCUUUCAUCUGAACAAGAAAAGCUGGAACAUCUCUCAUCUGAACGAGAAAAAUCAAAUCAUCUCUCAUCUGGACAAGAAAAGCUGGAACAUCUCUCAUCUGAAUGGGAAAAAUCAAAUCAUCUUUCAUCUGAACAAGAAAAGCUGGAACAUCUCUCACCUGAACGAGAAAAAUCAAAUCAUCUCUCAUCUGGACAAGAAAAGCUGGAACAUCUCUCAUCUGAACGGGAAAAAUCAAAUCAUCUUUCAUCUGAACAAGUAAAGCUGGAACAUCUCUCAUCUGAACAAGUAAAACUUGAUCAUCUUUCAUAUGAACAAGAAAAAUCGGAACAUCUCUCAUCUGAACAAGUAAAACUUGAUCAUCUCUCAUCUGAACAAGUAAAACUUGAUCAAGAAAAGCUGGAACAUCUCUCAUCUGAACAAGUAAAACUUGAUCAUCUUUCAUAUGAACAAGGGAAAUCAGAAUGUAUGAAAGUUGAGACGGUGAACCCUGUACUCAUUGUGACUGAUAAACUCAUUGCUGAAUAUGCUGUUGCAGAGGAAAUCAAAGUAGAAAAGGUUGUACCAGAGCAAGUGAGACUUGGAGGAGGGCAGACCUUGGGUACAUCAGAAGGAAAUGCUGUCUGUGAAUCAUCAGAUCAGGUAAAGAAGGAAUUGACAACCAGAGGUGAUAAUUCAACAGGUGUAACAGCUGAAGCAGAGGUCACCCUCAGUACUGUAGCCCUACAGAAAACCAGUGUUACCGGGGAAACCAAAAUCACCCAAAGUGUUGAGAAUGACACCAAUGCUAGUGAAACAGGCAACAGCUGGUCAAACAUUAUUGCCGUUCCUAGCGAAAUAUCAUUCUCUUCUCACAGUCUUGGAAAGAAAGUUCCUCCUCAACCUUGUCCCAAACGACGUACAAAGCAAAGGCCUUCAUCAAGACCUUCUUCAAUUGUAUCUGAAGGUGAUGGAUUUGAUUUUCAUGUAAGUGGACAAAAUACUACUAAUCUUGAAUCAUCAAGUUUCAACUUCAAUCAAAUUCUGUCUGGUACGGAUACUAUGAAUAAAGAAAAACCCUCAGACAAAGGACAGGGAACUGAAAGUGGCAAAAAUGCAGUAACUGUGAUAUCAGAGUCUAAUGUACCGACACCAUCAUCACCAGGAUCGAAAGAGUUUGGCAAGAUUCCUACUGGAAGUAGUAGUACCGUUUUGUCUGUGACUGUUGGACCGAAAUCUCCGAGGAUACAGGAACAUAGCACGGAUACUAAAGCUGCAACAAAUGUUACUUCACCAAGAUCGCCUGUUUCUGGAAUGUCUGUCUUUAGUAGUCAUGGCAACAAAAGUAAGCCACCCCCACCAGCUUUGUUACCUAAAAGGAAGGCAACAACCCAAUUACAAAUGCCAACUUCUCCAAAAUCUCCUACUUCUCCAAGAACUCCUGAGAAGAUGGAGUUCACACAGGAAUAUGACCCUGUUUUUGCCAAACAGAUGAAAAUGAACAACGGACAGCAAGAGAUUGUAAAGGAAUCCAUAAACAGAUUAAAAGACAACCCUUUCAUACGUAAAGAUGGAAAUGUCAAAAGGGGCCGACAAGAAUCUUUUUCAGAGAAAUGUGAAAUGUCUGCAUCAUCAAAACCUAGAACUUUAUCCAGUAGUCUGACACCAAAAUCACCAAAGGAUGAGCAUAAGGGCGCUGGAGUGACAUCUGCACAGACUAAAGAGGAUGAGGUUGACCUGAAUGUCUUAGACAGUAGCAGUCUUCGGUCUGAAAUCAUAAGGCAGUCAACAUCACGAUCAAGUGCAAGAAAGUUGUCAAAGAAAACCAAAAAUGUUGACAAUAUCAGAUCAAAGUUGGAGACUCCAUCUGAAUCCUCCACCAAGAAAGAAUCUUCAAGUAUUGUGAAUAAAAUAAUCUCGGAUGCAGCAAAAUUUGAAGCCAGGUUCAGCAGUGGUUCUAGCCCAAAUGUUAGGGAUGAUGUGCUGAGCAAAGCUGACCUGGCACAUACUCCCUUGGAAAGAGAAAAUCCGUUUAUCCAGCCUGCAGAGGAUAUCAUUUACACCAGAAAAGGUUCUUCUGAGUCUUGUUCCAACAAGGAAAUGUCAGGCUCUGUGGAGACAAAUGUUGACACUGAGGAUACUGCUACGGUAAUACUGACCAGUGUUCAGAAGCAGGAUACACAAUCUUCUGCAGAGGUUUCUGCAGUAGUACAGGCUGAUAGCAUAAACCAGGAGGGAAAAUCUACAAUACUUGACGCAGAUAAAAUGACAAUUCCAGAGCUGGAGGACAAAAUGGAACCUCCACAAAGGAGAAGAAAACUCAAGGUCCAGGUUCCACCUCCAACAAAUGCAAAAGGACGAGAAACAGGAGAUGUCACAGAGAGUCCUUCACUAGCCUUGUUAGUCUCUUCUGAAUUAGAGGAUAUUGGUGUUGGAGAAAUUCCAGGGCUGAAAACAGAACCAGAUAAUGUUCCGAAUACUACUGCAAAAGAAGGUGACAUCAACUUAAAAUCAGGCCAGCAGAAGACAGGGAAACCACCUUCUCCUAAAACAAGUCAGUCUCCUUCACCUACAACUUGCAAGUCACCACCUCCAAGACAUAAAAGACCGCUUUCACCAAAAGUCGGUAAAACACCACCUUCGCCGCGCAGUUGUAAAUCACCGAGUCAAAAGUUGACCACGCCCCCAUCACCAAAAGGAGGUAAACAAAAGUCACAGAGUUGGAGUACACCUCCCUCACCAGGAGGCAUGCCGUUAUCUCCACGCACAAAACAGUCACCUUUGUCAAAGGCAAUGUUCGGUGACAAGGAAAGUGGAAAGUCAGGAAGUGAGGUUACUGGAGAUUCUAGAACUGGGAGGAGAUCUUAUGAAAAAACAGGCUCAAGCUCUUCCAGGGGGAGCUCUGUAUCAUCUGAGGGUAGUUCCUCUCCUGAAAAGGGUAAGGGUGCUAGACAGGAAGUGUCCAAAUCUCCUCAGAAGGGUUCCCAACAGACCCCUCCUGUGGUAGACAAAGCUCAAGAACUGGGACAGAAGAGUACCAAAAAGGCCCCUCCUGUCCCAGAAAAACCUAAGAGAAUAUCCUCUCAACAAAAGGACAAACCUUCCCAUCUAAAAGACACAGAAAGUUCUGCUUCAAAGUCCAAAGUGAAAAGUGGUUUUUCUUUUCUGAAGGGGAGGAAAGCGAGUAAGUGA